GAUGUUGCAAAAGUAGACGAAGGAUUUGACAAUCAUGAUAUUCCCUAUGAUGUUUUAUGGUUAGAUAUUGAUCAUACUGAUGGGAAAAAAUAUUUUACGUGGAACACAUAUAAUUUUCCAGAUCCUGAAAAAAUGCAAAAAGAUCUUAUGGUAAAAGGACGAAAGAUGGUAACGAUCAUUGAUCCGCAUGUCAAACGAGAUAACAAUUAUUAUAUAUACAAAGAAGCCAACGAUCUAGAUCUUUUUGUCAAAGAUUCUCAUGGUAGUUCCUCAUGGGUAGAUUAUACUAAUCCUUCAGCUCAAGAAUGGUGGAGUAAAAA